AAGAAAGUGCCCGCGGAGGUAUCAGUGUUUCCCCAAACUGCGUUUUGAACACAUACAGAAGGUUGUUGGAGCUCGAGGGUGGCUCACAUAAUACAAUAAUCCCUCACAUUUUUUGUGCGAGUGGUGUUAUGUGUUGUGGAGAAUUGUAAAAUAUAUCUUGUGAGUCGUGUUGUGUGAUUUUAUAUUGUGAAAAAUUGUGUUUUUGGGGUGAAAAAGGCAUUCACUUUGCAUCUUGAGACUUGAGGAACACAUCCCGCACAGUCGAGAUGGCAGACCAGAAUCUUCAAAUGCUCUUGGAGCUCCUGAAAAAAAGUGGCAAUAAUGAAUGUGCAGAUUGUGGCAGUAAAUAUGUUGAAUGGGCAUCGUACAACAUUGGCAUCUUCCUGUGCACUCGAUGUGCGGGUGUGCAUCGCGCGAUGGGUGCUCAUAUCUCUAAAGUAAAGCACUUGAAAUUGGACAAAUGGGAGGACAGUCAACUGGAACGGAUGAAGGAGGUUGGCAAUGUAAAGGCACGUCUCAAGUAUGAACAACGGGUUCCGGCCUGCUAUAGACGACCCACUGAAGACUCCCCUCAAGUGCUCAUUGAGCAGUGGAUUCGCGCCAAGUACGAACGCCUGGAGUUUUCACUCAAUGAACGACCCAGUUACACUUCGGGCCACAUGGAGGGAUUUCUCAUGAAGCGAGGAAAGGAGGAUAGUCGGUAUCAACCACGAAAAUUUGUCCUAUGUGAAACGGAUGAUACGCUAAAGUACCAUGUGAAAGAGAGCAAGGAUCCAAAGGCCGUACUGAGAAUAUCUGAGCUCAAUGUGGCAUUUGCACCACCCAAAAUUGGUCAUAUGAAUUCCAUGCAGUUGACAUAUUUGAAGGAUGGCUCCACGAGGCACAUUUACGUCUACCACGAUGACCCGGAAGUGAUUAAUAACUGGUACAUGGCAAUUCGCUGUGCAAAACUGCAUCGGCUGCAAGUGGCAUUUCCGUCAGCGUCCGAAGCGGAAUUGGUCCAUCUGUUGACGAGGGAUUUUGCCAGGGAGGGGUGGCUGCUCAAAACUGGACCACGACCUUCGGAUGGCUACAAGAGGCGAUGGUUUACGUUGGAUAACAGGAAACUUAUGUACCACGACGAUCCCCUGGACGCGUAUCCCAAGGGUGAAAUCUUCUUGGGUCACCAAAUGGAUGGGUAUAGUGUUCGAAUAGGAGCACCCCAGGGUGCCAAAGAUCAAGGCUUCAGUUUUACACUCUUCACACCCGAAAGGGUGUUCAACUUAUCCGCCAGCACAGAGCAGGAACGUGAUGAGUGGAUGCACGAGAUCCAAAAGGUCCUGGAACGUCCACUGACCCCGCAAGACAGCUCAAUUUCUGCCCGACUCAUACGGAAACGAACAGGAACAAAUUCAAUAAACAUCUUCACGGGACGAUAAUGAAGGAUAAUGUUAGAGAGAUUGCACUUUUAAGUUAAAUUGUGUCUCCAUUAAAUUGAUUUUUCUUUGCUAUAAAUUGUACAAAAAAAAUUAGUGUGAACCUUUUUGAGAAAUUGAUUUUUCUUUUAGAAGAAUGGAGUGUUUGUCAUGCUAAUUUUAAUUAUUGAUUUUAAUAGAAAUAUAUUGUAAGAAUCCUUGCUAAUAUUAUUAGAAGAGAUCCUCCUAUGAGGAGGAAAUUAAAAAAAAAAGAGGCAAAAGAUAGUACCAUAGUUGAGAAAUUCUCAGAGAGCACAGAUAGCUUGAAAGAAUCAUUUUCACUUUUAUUUACAGAUGAAUGUGAGAAUGAGAUGAAAAGCAAUACAAGUCACCACCGCAUAUUAAUAAACAUUAAUAAAAAAAAACUAGUAGAUUUCUUAGCGGAAAUAGUAAUUAAAAUAAUGAAGAAAACAACAGCUAAAUAAAUGAGAAUGGAAGGAAAAUAACUGAAAAUACUCCCAAAUAAUAAAUUAAAUAGCAAUUUCAUAAGAAAAUAAAACUUAGUGGAAUUUAAUGAUACCUUUUUAGCUCUAUUUAAAUAAAAUAAUUAUCUAUUUUAAUAAAAAAAAAUAACCAAUUUCUUGUUCGUGUUAGAAAGAACAACAAUAGAAAAAAAAAUCAUCUCAAUUUUUUUCAAGUAAUUUCAUUGUGCUAGUAAUUAAAGCAAAAAAAAGUUCUUCAUAACUUUUCAAUACGAUUAGAGAUAAAAGAAAAUAUUGUAUAAUAAAUUAAAAUAAAUAUUAUCUAUUUAUAUUACUUAUCCCAUUUUACAUAAAAAAAUAGAUAGACAAAUUCUUACCUACAUUAGGUAUUUAAUUUUCUCAUUUACGAAAAGAAAAAAAAAGAAACUGAAAAAGUACUAGAUGAGUGAUGUAGGAUGUAGCACAAAGUGUAAGAAUUUUGACAAUUUGGCAAAUUUGAAAAAAAUGUUAUCUAAUCAAUAAUAUUUGAUUGAGAUAAAAUUAAGAAAAAACUGUAGCUUCUUUUACGAUAAUUUUAAGAAUUUAUAUAAUUAUUGAGAUUGAAAGAUUAAAUGAAAAAUUUUACCAAAA